GAGAUGAGAAGGUACACUUCUGCCAUGGGGUCUUUGGGAGCCUCUCUGGAGACCCCUUGACCUUGGGAACCCUCUGUAUAUCUCUCCUGGACCACAGGUCAGCACACCAGCAACUGUGAGCAGAUGACUGAAUUCUCCUGGAAGGAUAUAAUUAAUGCCUUGUCCCUGGCCAACAUGGUGCUGGGGCUCUUCUCCAUCUUCUGUAGCUUCAGCAGGAAACCCCACUGUGCUUCCUGGAUGCUUCUGAUCUGCUUCCUGUUAGACAUGGCAAUAGGGACAAUGAUCAGAUACCUCAACAUCUGCCAAAAACUGGGAUUCGAACUGAAUGACUUUGCUGUCUUCACCACCUUUGGCCUGGCCUCGGCUCUGCUCCUUGGUGUGGAUGGGCCUCUGAAUGGGUUCCUGGCCACCAUCUAUGUGUUGACCACUUCUUUCCGCCUGUGCUUUAGCUCAACUGGAGGAGGUCCCUGUACAUACAAGGGCCUACCCUGCCCCUACGCUUCCUGUGUGUUGGCCUCCACCUGCCUUCUGACCAAGGGCAACACAUUCAUUCUCUGCUGCAUGGCUUCACUCAUGAUUCUGUUCAUGGUCGACCAGAGUUGCUACCCACAUGAUGAAAUCCUGGAAUCGGAGAACUGGAAAAAAGUAGUUUAUUUGGGAGGUAUCAUCAUGCUGUUUUUUUGCCCGUUCUCGCUCACCGCCGUUUACUGCCUGAUAUGGUCACUCUCGUAUAUCUUCUUCCCAGAUGCCCUGUGGGGCAAGGGAGUUUGUGUUAAGAUCUAGUGCAGGGAAACCAUACCUUCACCACUCCUGCUGGCCUGGUGGGCUCUACGAUUAGCAUGCUGUACCAACACCUGCUUAUCCACUAAAGCUUUUUU